AUGUACUCUCACCGCCGUACCGUCGCUCUUUUCUUCCUCACUUUCUCGCUAUUCGGCAUCGGGGAGGCGGCACCGAAACAAUGUCGAUGUCUCUACGGCCAGUCGUGUUGGCCUAACCAAUCUGCCUUCGCUGCUUUGAGCAGACAAAUCUCCCAACCGCUCAUUAAUCCUGUACCACCGGCAUCUGCAUGCUACCCGGCCUCUUCGCCUUCAGGGGACUGCGCUGCAGUUCUCACAAAUUUCCAAGACGGGCUUUGGCGAGCUGACCAGCCGGGUGCGAUGCAGAGCCCUGCAUUCGAGACGUACACGCUCCGCAACGGCACGAUCGAAGGCUGCUACUCCAACACUACCUUGGGGCUGCCGUGUCUUCAAGGUAAUGUGCCGCCCGUCGGCGUCGAUGCCCGAACGGUCGGAGACGUUCAGGCUGCAGUCGUGUUUGCGAGGAAGAACAACCUUCGGCUUGUGAUCAAGAACUCUGGGCACGACUACCUCGGUCGAAGUGCUGGCCGGGGAGGAUUCAUGUUAUGGACUCACCACCUCAAAGAGAGGUCGUUCAACGCUCGUUUCAUUCCUCAGGGUGCACCUCGAAGUCAAAGGAAGACCUAUCAAGGUGAGUUGCUUGCCCAUCAAUCUAGCCCCUGUCUUAUCUUGUUCAUAAAAUCCAGCGGUCACUUGGGUUCUGGCGUUCAAUGGGGUGAAGCAUAUGACUACGUCAACCAGCAAGGGAGAUUCAUUCUCGGUGGUCUCUCUCUGGAUGGCACCGUCGGCGCGGCAGGCGGAUGGAUUCUUGGCGGUGGUCAUAGCACCUUCUCUUCGACCUUCGGAUUUGGUGUCGACAACGUCCUCGAGUUCAAAGCCGUCCUCGCUGAUGGGAAAUUCGUCACCGUCAACGCGUACCAGAACACCGACCUCUUUUGGGCUAUGCGCGGCGGCGGUGGAGGAACCUUUGGCGUCCUUACGUCCGUCACGUACCAAACGCACCCCAUUUUCCCAUUUGCACAGUCUGCAUUGACGGCCGCGUUCGCAACACCAAGCAUCGCCCAAAGCGUUCUCACAGAGUUCGUCAAGCUCCAACCCAAGCUCGCAGACCUCGGCUGGGGCGGCUUUACCUUCAUCACACCUGCCGGUAUCCAGAUAAACUACGUAGCGCCCAACAUCGACGUCGCUAAGGCCAACGCCACAUUUUCCCCUUUCGCCGACUUCGUCCUGAAUGCUACACAGGGCGCAGCCCAAGUCGGUUACACAUCCUUCGCCAACUUCCCCGAUUAUUUCAACGUGGUCUUCACUGGAAGUCCUCCCCAAGUCGGCUUCCCAACUGAGCUCACGGCUCGCCUCCUCUCUCGCUCGAUGGCAGAACGCAAUCCGGCAAAGGUUGCACAGGCUAUCUUGGCCAUCAACGACACCGUUGGAGCUUUCUCUGUCGCCGGUGGAGCAUCUUCCAAACCUGAUCCAGAUGCGAUGGCGCUGCACCCCAGCAUGCGUAAAGCCGUAACCAACGUGAUGGCAAGUGUUGUAUGGCCAGAGGGGUCAUCUGGGGCUGUUGUUCAGCAGCAGAUCGAAGUCCUCAAGAAGAAGACUCAAAUUUUGGAUCGCAUAACCACCGAUUCGGCUGCCUACCUCAACGAGGCUUCACUAUACGAGAAAGACUUCAAGAAAUCUUUCUUCGGCUCUCAUUACCCCAAACUUAGAUCAAUCAAAGCGAAGUACGAUCCCCAAUCUCUUUUUGUUGUCCCUCGUGGAGUUGCUUCCGAUGAGUGGGACAGCGAACUACGGUGCCGUCUGUGA